UAUGAUCCUAUUGGCCUAGACCGUUGUCUUGUCGAUGGGGAUUCACGCAAUACGUUACCCUAUCCUCUCAGCCACUCAACGAGCCACAGCGCAUCCUAGUCCAAUCUUCUCAGAUCCCGAUGAGAUAGAUCACUUUCCCGACAAAGCGUUACACCGAUGUCACAGGCUGUAUGUGGUACAGUGCAUUUACAGAGGAUUUUGGUUUAGGUUUAGGUGCUUUUUUCUUUUCAUCUUCUAAUUCCCCUAUUUUCAUGUAUGUAUGAUUGUUUUCGGAGUUCCUGAGGCGUACAGGGAUCGCACUGGCAAUUAUGAUGUCGCCUUCACGCCACGGAAACCCCAUUUCCUUUCUAGACUGUAUUGUACACUGGAUACUGGGAAAAGCGGAACAACAAACGGAAAAUUUAUAUGAAAGCUGGAUUUCAGCGUUGGCAAUGGUUAUUGUCAUUGGUUUACGAAGGAUCUCCUUUCAUUUUAUUUCUGUCCCUUUUCAUCUUCUCAUACAAGGUGGUGGAGUCACAGGUGCAGGGAAUUGUCGUCAAACAAUAGUCAUAUUGUGUCGAGAGCCAAUUCUUCUUGUCUUUUCCCCUUACUUCAUUACUUAUUACACGUUGCUUCCGGUAUGGCGCAGAAGGAGUACAAAAAGGAAAGAAAUCAUGGCUCCAAAAAAAAAGAAAGCAAGUACGCAAGUACACUUACUUACCUUAUUCAUUCAAUAUUGUUCAUUAAUCUUUUUUUUAUUCCCACAUAGAGAAAAAUACUUUCAAUGUUGUUGGUGCCGGGAAGGCAAAGCUCAUAUGCCGAGUUUUGAUGCCACGUUGCAAGGGACAUCGGUUUAGCUGUGUUCAGUUAUGCGUGCGUGUGUGUGUAUGUGUGUUUGGUCUGGCGUAUACAGCAUGGGCCAUGGGGAAAUAUCAGGGCUACUUACAAACGCUGUGCAACGUGGAGACACGCGCUUUCGCACACGCGGCAGUCUGCAAGGUCCCGUCUG